AUGGACCCAGUUAUCAAAGGCAGAUGUGAAAUUCGGUGGCUUUUAGCAGCUGCCUGUUGGAUACUUCUUUUGGGAACUGCUUUUGGCGGCAUUAACAUUACACGUGUGCAAAAUCCAGAAGCUAACAUGAACAUUAGCCAGAUUAUUUCCUACUGGGGGUAUCCCAGUGAAAAAUAUGAUGUUGAAACAGAAGAUGGCUUCAUUCUUGGUGUAUACAGGAUCCCUUAUGGGAAAAGAGACUCCAACCAAACAGCUCAGAGGCCCGUUAUCUAUUUGCAGCAUGGUAUGUUCGUGUCUGCUAGUAUCUGGAUCGUAAAUCCACCCCAGAGCAGCCUGGCCUUCACUUUGGCAGAUGCAGGCUGUGAUGUGUGGAUGGGCAACAGCCGAGGAACUGUCUGGUCCCGGAAACAUAUGCACUAUUCCCCAGAAUCACCAGAAUUCUGGGCUUUCAGUUUGGAUGAAAUGGCUAAAUAUGACCUUCCUGCCACUUUGAACUUCAUUCUGAAUAAAACCAGUCAGAAGCAACUGUAUUACCUGGGCCACUCCCAGGGCACCACUAUUGCUUUUGCAGCCUUCUCCACUAAUCCAACACUGUCUAGCAGAAUCAAACUAUUUUUUGCCUUGGCUCCAGUGGUUUCAGUUCAAUACAGUAAGGGGCGCCUGAAGGCCCUGAUAUCCAUCCCUGCACCAAUAUUAAAGAUUAUCUUUGGUAGAAAGGAGCUGUUCCCAAUGUCCUCCUUGAAUCGGUUCUUUGGAAGCCAAGUGUGUAACCAGAAAAUGUUCAGUCAUCUUUGUGCAGGCUUAUUCUUCCGUGUAUAUGGACAUAAUCAGGAAAACUUUAACAUGAGCCGCCUAGAUGUUUAUCUAUCCCAGAACCCAGCUGGAACCUCUGUCCAGAACAUAGCCCACUGGAGACAGAUUCUGUAUUCUGCAAAAUUCCAAGCUUAUGACUGGGGAAAUCCAGCUAAGAAUAUGGCACAUUAUAACCAGGUGACCCCUCCCUUAUAUGACUUGGGAGCCAUCAAAGUACAAACAGUCAUAUGGAAUGGGGGACAAGACCUGUUUGCUGCCCCUAAAGAAGUGGAGAAAUUACUCCCCAAGCUCCCUAAGCUGAUCUAUCACAGGAAGAUUCCACACUACAACCAUAUUGACUUUCUUCUGGGAAUAGAUGCACCUAAUGAAUUCUUCUCUGAAAUUCUUUAUCUGAUAAACCAAUGGUAA